CGAGUCCGAGCCGCCGCGCUAGGGAUUAGAAGCUGAGCGGGCCACGUCAUCCCCCGAUUUCUACGUGGCGUGUUCCAGCUCUGGAUCCUCUCUGCCACCACCACCUCCGCCGUUGACUAAACACCUCCUCCACCCUCCACCCUCUCCUCUUCUCCUAUUUAAAACACAUAUACGUAUACUCAAGAAAAUUACAUACACUAAUGCUUCCAAUUUGCACCGCUCUAUAUUUCCCGGGUUUAUCUCUCUCUCUCUCUUCUCUCUCACUAAAAGACCAGAAAUUCUCCGGGUUCCAGAUUUCCCCCUUCAGAGCAGCUUAGUUUUCUUCGUAGAAAUUUGGCUUCUUUUCAACGUCGUCAGGAAGGAGUUUCUUGUGUUUGUCGAAUUGUUUCUGCAGUUUGAUCAGUGCAUAUCUGGAAUUGAUCCAUCUUCUCUCCGUCUAAUCCCAUUUUUGCUUAUUCGGACUUUUCAAAUCCAAGACGACUAUUGGAAAAUUCACUUUCUGCAGUCUCAUCCUCGAAAAGUGCUUCGGGAGCUCAUGGAUAUUACUUACAGGCCAUACAUUGAUCCAGAAUUCGAAGUACUUAUCGAAAGAAUCCAUCCACCGAGGGUUUGUGUUGACAAUGAUACUUAUCCUGAUUGUACUCUUGUCAAGGUUGACAGUGCUAAUAAGCACGGGAUGCUGCUGGAAAUGGUCCAAGUUCUUACUGAUCUUGACCUCGUGAUUUCCAAAUCUUACAUCUCCUCUGACGGUGGUUGGUUGAUGGAUGUAUUCCACGUGACUGAUCAGCAAGGGAACAAACUAACUGACGAAAGCCUUAUACAUUAUAUCCAAGAGGGCAUUUGCGCAAAUAGGCAGGCCUCCAGGGAGUUUAAACCGAUCAUUGGUCGAGAAGUCAGGCCCCGGCACGUCUCGACAGAACACAUGGCACUUGAGAUGACGGGGGUCGAUAGGCCAGGUCUAUUGUCAGAAAUGUCAGCUGUCCUGGCUGAGCUGGGAUGCCAUGUCACUGCCGCUGUGGCAUGGACUCACAGUAGCCGAGCAGCAUGCAUACUCUACGUGGAAGAUAGUGCAAAAGGCGGGUUGAUCGAUCCUUGUCGGGUAGCCCAAGUGCAAGCUCAGCUUGAAAAUGUGGUGGAAGCCCAUCACUACAAGGAUGAGCGACGAAGUGUGAGGUUAGCUGCCCCAGUCCCAGGCCAAACCCACACGGAGAGGCGGCUCCACCAGCUUCUGGCUGCCGAUGGAGACUACGAACUAUGCUGUUCUUGUUGUGGUGGUAUCGGUGAAUGGGAUGAUUUUAAUGUUUUGGGAAGGUGUCAUAAAGGGCGGAAGAAGGGAUGUGAUGGUACACAUGUAAAGAUAGAGAACUGUAAAGAAACUGGUUAUUCGAUUGUUACUAUAAGAAGUAGAGAUAGGCCCAAGUUGUUAUUCGACACGGUGUGUACUUUGACGGACCUGCAGUAUGUAGUUUACCAUGCAGCUAUUAGCUCUCGGGGAUCAACAGCAUUCCAGUUCUUUCAUCAGGAGUACUACGUAAGGCAUAAGGAAGGAGGCAUUUUGAGUUCUGAAGGUGAGAAGCACAGGGUCACUCAGUGUUUGAUUGCUGCCACAGAAAGGAGAGUCUCUCAUGGAUUGAGACUGGACAUCUGCACAAGAGAUCGAACAGGGCUGUUAUCCGAUGUCACAAGAGUCUUCCGAGAGAGCAGCUUGUCCAUAACGAGGGCAGAGAUAGGCACUCGUGGCAAGAAAGCAAUCGGAACGUUCUACGUGAAAGACACAUCAGGGCAAAAUGUGACUCCACAAACAGUGGAAAUAAUCAGACGAGAAAUCGGAGGCAGCAUUACAGUGGUGGAGAACAAAUCAUCAGGGACAUCACCAGAAGGCAGCCCUUCAAGAACAAGUACAAGCAGUAGCAGCACGGUAGAAGCACGGUCGAGCUUUUCACUGGGAAACUUGUUGUGGGCGCAGCUGGAGAGGCUUUCCAGCAAUUUCAGGCCCAUAAAAUCAGGAUGAUGAUCUUCUUGCAGUGUAAUAUCAUUAGUUGCUCACUGUAAAUAAAGUACAUAUAUAUAUCAACUCCACCAAUUACCGGGGGAGGAUUAGAGUGACAAAACCAUAUAUAUAUAUAUGUGUAAAUAGGCUUCUUUGCUCUUGAUUUCACUUGGAGGUACGUAGAUAUGUUAAGUGAAAUGGAAAUGGUGCAUCCGUAAGGGAUUCUUCAAAUAUGUGAAUUUCACUAACUAGAGGAGAUCAAUUAACAGAGAA